GGACCGGGACCGGGACCCGGACCGUGACUCGGGACCGGCAGCAGCCCCGGCUCCCCCCCCCCCCCCCCGCAGGACCUGACCGGCAAUGGGGGGGUGCGCAAGGAGCAGCUGCGCCCCGGCACCGGACAGCUCGUGCCGCUGUCCGCCUCCGUGGCAGUGAAGUACUCUGGGUACCUGGGAAACUGGAAUAACCCCUUCUGUUCCUAUGGGCACGGCAAGUAUCCAAAGCUGAUGAAACUUGGAAGAGACAUCACGCUGUGGGGGCUGGAGCUGGGGCUGAUGUCCAUGGCCCGGGGCGAGGUGGCGCGGUUCUGGUUCAGCCCCGAGUACGCGUACGGCCCGCGGGGCUGCCCCCCACACAUCCCCCCGGACACCACCGUGCUCUUCCACGUCGAGCUGCUGGACUUCAUCGACUCCAAGGAGUGCGACGUGUUCUUCGAGCUGAGCGACGCACAGCAGGACACGUUUCCUCUAGAAAAGGUGUUGAAAGUGGCAGCCACGGAGAAAGAGUUUGGCAACUACUUCUUCCAUAAGCAGAACUUUAGGGUUGCCAAGCACAGAUACAAAAGGGCUCUCUCCAUCCUGGAUCGCAGCUGUUCCAGCGAGGCCGAGCGGAGCCAGAUCAACACUUCCAAGGUGCCUCUGCUCCUGAACCUCUCCCUCACUUACCUGAAACUGGAAUGUCCUGAGCGAGCUUUGAAAUACGGGAAGAAAGCCUUGGAGAUGGACCAGGGAAAUGUCAAAGCCCUGUUCAGGUGUGGCCAGGCUUGUCUCUGCAUGAAGGAAUACAGCAAAUCCCGGGAUUUCCUGACUAGAGCCCAGCAAAUCCAGCCCUUCAACCAUGAUAUCAACAACGAGCUGAAGAAGUGGGCAAGGUGCUACGAGGAGUACAUGGAAACGGAGAAGGGCAUGUGCUGCAGAAUGUUUGACAGCUCUUGUGGCUGAGCAGGAAUCAAGGACCUUUCCAGCUGCCCAGCCCUUGGACAGGAGGGAGACCCACCUGGGGGCACGUGGAGAUUCCAGCAUCACAUGUUUUGGGAAAAGGAGCAGGAGCCCUGUCUGCUUUGAGAGAUGAAGUGAAAGUUCCGAUUUUUGUACACAAACUGAUUUUCCUGAAGUUGGGUUUGUUUGCCAUGUUUUGAGACAUUUUCCAGAAGAAUUAAGUCCUGCUGUCAGAGAGAGGACAGUGUUCCUUCUCUCUGCUUGAAGAAAACUCUUCCCUGACAUCCUACCUCCUGCAGGUUCCAGGCUGCUUUUAGGGAAUCAGUAAGUGGGAGGAGGAUGCCGUGAAGUUUUGUGUUUGCACAGGCUGUUCUUUAAAAACUUACGUUUGAUAUUUUUGUUCUGAGAAAAUAAACCAACCU